AUGGGUACAGAACCCAAAUCUCUCCCUGUCAGGAAUGAAGAGGAGAGACGGAGGAGGAGGAGGAGAUUAUCACAGGACACCAAGAUGGAAACCAUACCAAACUGUGAAGCUUGCACCAAACCCUCAAUGGAAGAGAUCCGGCUGUGGUCUCAGUCCUUCGACAAGCUGAUGAAGAACCCGGCGGGUCGAAAUGUUUUCCGGGAGUUCCUGCGGACGGAGUACAGCGAGGACAACAUGCUGUUCUGGCUGGCCUGCGAAGACCUCAAACAGGAGAUCAACAAGAAUGCCAUCGAGGAGAAAGCACGAUCCAUCUACGAGGACUACAUUUCCAUACUGUCACCAAAAGAGGUAGGAAAGCUUCCCACAGAGAAUCGAUUACGGGGGUUUCUGACCGGGAGGGAGGCCGCUUUCUUAAAGCGGCAAUCAGCAACCAAAGGUAAACCCCCCCCACCCCCCGCACCUUUCGACCUGAAUCGUCCUCCUAGAGGUGUCAUGAGGGUAGAGCCUCAGUAG